GGGUCGUGUUUUUUUCUUCUGCUGGAUUGAGUCGGAAGACCCCUGACGCACUUUUUUCGACUUCGGAAGACCUUCCGAUUACCUCUCGUCUCUUCUCGUGUUGACGGUAGGUUUAGUGGGCAGAGACACGUGACAAACAUGGCGAGUGGGAUAACAUACUAUGAGUGCGAGACGUGCAAAAAGAUAUAUGCAACCGCUCAACUGUUUUUACAACACCCUUGUGCUACAGGCAGUGAAGGAAAACCACACACUGCAUCUAGUUCUACCUGUCCUUCAUUGAGUCCAGAAUCAUGGCCCUGUGUUUUGGCCUGCACAGGCAACAAAGUUAUUAUUAUGUGAAAUGAAAAAUAGGAUGGACGACAUUCAGAUCGGAAAAAUUACUAAAAAGAAGAUGUGGACAGAAAUAUCUGAGUCCUUAAUAUCAAAAGGUUUCAAGUUUACUGGGGACCAGGUGAUGGGAAAAUGGAAAACUUUGAUCUCGGCAUUGAAAAGGACUAAAGACAACAACCGCAAGAGUGGAUCGGGCAAGAAGACCUGCCCAUUCCAAGAAGAGUUAGAAGAAAUUCUUGAUGGUAAUCCGUCCAUUAAUCCUAUUGCUACUACGAGUACAACUAUAGAAAAAAAUAUUUGUUCAGGAAUACUGUCAUCAAGUUCAGGAACACCGUCAUCAAGUUCAGGAACGGCGUCAUCAAGUUUAGGAACACCGUCAUCAAGUUCAGGAACAUUGUCUGCGCCGUCAUCAAGUUCAGGCACACUGUCAUCAAGUUCAGGCACACUGUCAUCAAGUUCAGGAACACCGUCAUCAAGUUCAGGAACACCAUCAUCAAGCUCAGGAACGCCAUCAUCAAGAACAAGCAGCAAGAGAAAAGGAGAUGAACAAAUUACAAAGUGUGAUGAAAAUAACAAUGUAGAUCCUACUAGAGCUGACCGAAAAAAAACGCAAAGUGGGUUCUUCAAGUGAGGUAGUAGAUUUUUUGAAAGAAUAUAUAGAAAACCAAAGAAAAGAAAAGGAAGAAGCUUAAGAGCCGAACGUGCACGAAUGCACAAUGAAAAGAUCCAUUUGUUUGGAGAGUUAAUCAAGGAAAUGAAAAAGAAUUAACUUUAAAGUUUGUCAAUGGGAAAAAGCAGUUAACCCUAUGAAAUAACCUUUUUUUUCCUUCAAUUGCCAAGUAGGUAAAUUUGAAAAAUGCAUUUUUUCAAGUAAUUAACAUAUCAAUUAAUAUUUUUGCAUAAUUUAUUUUUGUAAAACAUAAAAUGUUGGGAUCUUUAACACUGUACAGUACAUGCACAAAUAAAUGAAAAUAAAACAAAA